CGGGUUCGAGGUGCGUGAGGUGUCCAUGUCCUCCACAGACCCCUUUGACUGCCAGGCCUGUGGCUUGGAUGAGUGGGCCCCAGCAGGGAGCGAGGUCUGCUUCAACCGCACCAUCGAGUUCCUGUCCUGGUCCGAGCCCCUCUCCUGGGUGCUGCUGGCCUUGGCUGUUCUUCUCAUGCUGCUCAUAGCGGCGCUGGCUGUCCUGUUCGCCCUCAAUGCCUCCACACCUGUGGUCAAGUCCGCGGGCGGGAAGACGUGUUUCCUCAUGCUGGGCUCCCUGGCCUGCACCUGCAGCAGCCUCUUCUGCUAUUUCGGGGAGCCCUCGCAGGCGGCGUGCCUGCUGCGGGUGCCGCUCUUCGCCAUCAGCUUCACCGUGUUCCUCUCGUGCGUGGCGACCCGCUCCUUCCAGAUCCUCUGCAUCUUCAAGCUGAACGCGCGCUGCCCUGCGCUCUACGAGGCCUGGAUGCGGCGCCACGGGCCGGUGCUGUUCGUGGCCGCCAGCACGGCGGUGCAAGUGGCGCUGUGCGUGGCCACCGAGGCCGUCAGCCCCUCGGUGCCGCGCCGGGAGUACGGAGUGUGGGACGAGAGGGUGGUGCUGGAGUGCGCCCAGAGCGGCGCGGCCGACGCCGCCAUCGCCUACACGGUGCUGCUCAGCGCCGGCUGCUUCGCGCUCAGCUACGCGGGCACCGACCUGCCCGCCGCCUACAACGAGGCCAAGAGCCUGACCGUGAGCCUGCUGCUACACAUGGGCUGCUCGGCCGCCGUGCUCUGCUCGCAGGGCGCGCUGCGCGGCCGGGCCGAUACGGCGGCGCGGGUGCUCGGCACGCUGGGCACGCUCGCAGCACUGCUGGGCGGGUACUUCGUGCCGCGGGCCUUCGUCAUCCUGCUGCGGCCGCACCAAAACACGGCCGAACACUUCCAGAUGGCCAUCCAGGAGUACACGCGCCGCCUGGCCGCCGCCUGAGCCGCGGGGCUCGACCCGCACCGCGCCUACCCCGCCGCGGGACCGACCCUCGGCCCCGGCCCGCCCCGGCCGCUCACAGCGUCACUGCCGGCGCCCGCUGACGCCACGUCCGGCGGUGGCGGAUGCC